UCAGACUACAUGUUCGUUAAGGAGCUGGUGCUCCAUCUAUGGCCUGAAGGAAUAGGAAAUGCAACUGUUUCAGGUAGAAGAUCUAACAACCCAAGCGGCAAAAGAAAGGCAACAUCGAUGGAAGAACCUGCUCAGCUCGAAGUAUCGAAUCCUCCGGAUAAAUUAGACCCGAAAAAAGUUGAAUACAUCAAGGAUCGACUUUUCGAACGCAGGGUCUUAUUGAAUGAUCCUCGAGGCACCGCAUUAAAAAUUGCGAGAAAGGUUCCAAAAUUCAUUGCAAUCGUCGUCGCCAACAACCCAACUCUCCGAUCAGGAUCCUAAGUGUUUUCAUAUAUAUAGCAUUGUAUUGUAUUUAAGAAUAUAAUACUUAUACUGUUACUCUUCCAAUUUUUCAGAUUGAUAGAAUGAAAUCGAUAUCAAUCAA